UUAAACAUUGAAACGCGGGUAGAACCACCGGGAAAUGUGUUUUAGUUGCCCGAGGGGAAAAGAAGAAACUAAGCUCUCAGCGAAACCUCUGUUGGAGAAAAUCAUUGAUGAGGUCUUAAAGAGUGGGGAUGUUCAUGAACUGGAUGUGUUCUUGCAAAGGGAUUUAUGUGAAGGGACCUCCUUAAAAUGCUCCCAACAGUUUCUCACCAAAUUGGAUAAACUUGUUCAGAGGUACUUGGAUCAAAAAAAUUCCAGAUCAGCCAGUUUGGGUCUCAUUGUCAUUCACAAUUGCGGAGAAAACCUAAAACUAUCAGGUGGUGGCAAAGGGCUGGCAGGACUAAUAGGUCAUGGCCUGGUCAAUAAGAUGGUGCAGUGGUUUGAGAAAUGCAGGCAACUGUGGAUCCACUGUGGACCACAGAGGGACGAGAACAUGUUCAACCUUUCUGAGGAAUUCUUUUAUACGCUAAUGGUUGUUCAUGAAGCGUGCAGAGAGGGGACAUACAAAAUUACAGAAUCCUUCUUGUAUCCGGUUGGUCAAGUGGGAAUAGAUCCCAGAAUCUUCAUCCUAAUCCGGAAGGAGGCAAUCCGUAAAUUUAAUCUGAUUCUGGACAAAAUCCCAGCAGAUCUUAAAAAAGACAGGAAGAUCUUAACAUCACAGGAGGCCUCAGAUGUCAUGAUCAAAAUGGCUGGACAGAUAUCAGAGGGUGGUGAUUAUGACUUGCAGACAGCCCUCGUGGAGGCAUUGUGCAGAAUGGCCACCCCUGACCAGAGGAAGGAUCUAGCAGAUCGGUGGUUCAGCAUGGAGCAUGUAGCCAGUGCCUUUGUGAAAAUUCAUGAUUCUGAGUUUGAGACGGAUUGUCGGACGUUUCUGAACAUGGUGAAUGGGAUGCAGGGAGACAAGAGAAGGGUGUGUUCUUACCCUUGUUUGGAUGUGUAUCUGGACAAGUUUGAGCUGCUGAUGCCCAAUGAUGAAAAGCUGGAGGAGUUCUGGAUUGACUUUAACCUUGGAAGCCACAGCAUAUCCUUUUACUUCUCUCUGGCUGAGGAAGGACAGGAGGUUCUGUGGGAAACAAUCUGUAUUACUGAAAAUGAAGUCCAAAGCUACUCUGUUACAGAGGAGUGUAAGAAGAAAGUCUUGCACAUAAAACUGAGAGAGGUGGUGGUUGUUGGUGCAGUUGAAGGAUCAAGCCUUACCAUCUGCUUCAGCUCCGCCCUGGAUAUCCUGCAGGCUGCUUGUAGUGUCUAUGGACAAAGCAAAAACCUGGGCUUUGUAAAGAAGACAGGCGCAUCUGUGGUGAGGACUAGUGUAAAAAUCACAAUGGAAGAGAGUGGCUCCCAGAUUGUUCCAGAAAGCCAGGUGUCCAUUUGUGAAAGUGAGAAUACGGCACCUUACAUUCUACCUGCCACAGCUGUACCUGUACAGACAUCAAUCCCAGCCAAGAUGAGGAUUUCAGAGUCCACCAGUGUCAUCAGCAACAAUGCGGGAGGAAGUGUAUGUAGUGCCAGCUCCCUCUCUGCUGUUAUGCCAUUAGACACCCCAACCAAGGGUAAACAUUCCUCAUGUAAUGGCAGCGCAAGAGUAGGUGUCAUGAUAGAGAAGAACGUCCCAUUGGAAGUCGAUGUAUUCCCAGCUGGACAGGGAGAAGAACAGGCUCUGGAGGAUUACUUUGUGCCUGACACUCAACCGAGAUCUGCAAAAAGCAUAUCUUCUAACUGGAGCAAACAGUCAGUUUCUGAAAGGUUAUCGGUGUCCACAUUGAAAAUAAAUAGACCUGAGCCUCAUUUAAGUUCAUUAAAAUGGCAGGAACGUACAUCUUUAGCAGUGAGAGCCACAGUUCCAGGCUUAGGCCCAAUCAGCCAGAAAGAGUUCCAUACCAAACUCAGUGAGCACCUGCAAAAGGUCGCCAGUGAACAAAACCAAGGUUGUGCACCUCAAGAGCCAACUGCAACCCAGAGAAAAACGUCUCCUAUCAGAGAGCACUCUAAGAGCAGAAGCUCUGAAGACCAGCUCUCUCACAUGUUGUGUGAUUCUAAAGUACAGCAAGCUCAGAGAAAAGGGAAGACCAAAGGUCAGAUGUCUAAGGAAGCACAUGCUGCUCUAAACAAAGUUCCAGUCAUGGCUCUCACAAUGAAAGACCCACUGGAGAGAAAACCACCCAACAUAAAGGGUGACAAAAACAGUGCCCUUUCAAGCAAAGAAAAUAGAAAUGCAGCGGUUACACAAAGCAUGGUAAAACAAAUCUCAAGCCACUAUGAUGUUAAAACCCAACCCACAGUGAAGAAUACAACAGAAGAUGUCCAUUCAGUCUGGAUCCCUCCUGUUUUUAACAGGCCAAUCUUCAAUAUGAGCUGGUUACCAAAUGCUAAAAGUAAUGUAACUGGAGCUAUAUGCCUUAUGAAAUCCCACAAUAAAUCAACAUCAAAAAUAAAUAAAUCUUUGAGAAAUGAUGUUUUUGAAUUCAGCACUGACUCACCAUUCCAUAUUGGGGAAAAGGACAAACCCUUCGCCAACACUUCUGCCAUACUGAACAGUGGGGUUGAUGACUCCUCUGUAUCCCACAGAACAACCGAGAAAAGACAACCUUUUAAAAAAAAGCAUUUGUUCAGCGACACGGAAACAGACCAUACCAUAACAGAGGUCAGCUGGCUGAGGGAGUCAAACAGGAAGCCCAAACCCAAAGUGACCAAAUACUCAAGGCGGGCACCCAACAAACCUAAAGAUAUGUCAACACAUACUACAUACAAAUCUUCAGAUUUAACACCUCCCUGCCCCAAAUCUGAAAAUACCAAACCCAGCGAACAGAGGAAGCAGAGCAUGAAGGAGAGAGUUGAGAAACCAAAGAAGGCCAUGAAGCCAGAAGCAGAACCCAGCAGACAAAGUGCAGUAGUUAGGAGGCCAACAAGAGCUGCGGCCACCUUUCCAAAGAACUACAGAGAGCCAGAUACUGAUGACAGCCAGUCAGUGUCAGAGGACCCUACGGUUCCUGAGAACUCCUCACCUGAUCAUCUGGAGGACAAUGCGAAAACUCAUGAAGUUGCUCGCAUGAACAAAAGGUCUGCCAGCAAAACAACAACCAAGAGUUACAUAAAGUCAGAGAGCAGCCAUCUUAGCAGCCAUGUGGACUCAAAACAGCCAACCACGUCCAAGCAGCAGAGACUCAAGAAUGUUGCUCGAGAAACUUCAAAGUAUAAGAAGAACAACGUUAUCCGUGUCCAAGAACAGAUGAAACCAUUGGAAGAUUCCUUAGCUUUUUGCCAGACCCCAGUCGGUUCAUCCCCACCUUUCAUUGAAACCAUGAGAUCUGCUGAGAGGUUGGCCUCAACCUUGGAUAUGAGCUGCUCGCCUCUUCUCACCCCGCGGGGAUUCCCAAUCCCUGCCUCCCCUGAGUCCACCUGCCAGGACUUCCCCUCGCCAGUCCUGCUACCCAAACUUUGCUCUACAGUCAGCAGUAAAGGAAACUUCAAGUCCCUUUCUAACUUCAAUGCAGAAAAGAACCACAUCAUAUCCAAGACUCAUUCUAUCCAGUCUGCCUCCUCCCUCCCUUCGCUGAAAUGUCAAUGUCCUGAAAACAAUGCUUUCACAGCAGAGAUAAGUCCAAAUCAGCAUUGUCUAUCUCCAGCACCUCUGUCUCCUUUGUCUCUGCCCAUUCAGCCUCUGAUGACAUCCACACUGCUUGAGCUGGACAAGCCACCCACACCCUCUCCUCAGUCACCAUUCCCUGAAGACAUAGUCCACCAUGGCAGCCUUUAUGGUUUUAGUAUGUCUGAAAUAUCUGAGGGUUCACUGAGCCAGUUAUCCACCAAGUCAGUCAUGAUCACCAGCAAAGUUGAGGACAGCCAAAGUCUGUCUCUGAGUGUGUUUAAUGAAACCGAGAAAACACCACUUCCACAACAAGAUGUGAAGCCUGCACAGAUUCUUAUCUCUGGACCAAAUCGUAAGCGCCACAUCUCCUUAUACAGUGAUUCUGAGGAAGACGAGAAGAAGGAGAAGAAGAAAAAUAAGAUGAGAGGGCUGUGUUCUCCUCGAAUGAAACCAAGGAAGUUGUUCCAUUCCUUUACUGAGGCGUUUGCUGAAGAAGAGGUGAAGCGAGAUCAGUCUUCUUCCCACACGGUGAGCUCCAGUCACUGGGAUGCCGAAGUGAGGGCUAGAGAUGUGGACAUGGACGAGGAUUUGGAGUUGUCUGAAAUUGCUAUUAACCCAAAUUACAUGUGCCAGAAGUUCAGCUCUGAGCUAAAGAAGAAGUCUCAGAGCCGUAACAAGAUGAUGGAUGUUUACAACAAGUUGUCUCUCAAGACUGUCCAGCAACAUGUCACCUCCCUCAGCACGCAAGCCACUAAACACAGGACUCAGAAGCUUCAGCAGGUCCAGCAGGUCCUCUUGGAUGAGAUUCACAAAUUAGAGCAGGAUGACACUCUGUUUGCAAACAUGGAAAAAGACCUGAGUACUUACUGGAAAAAACAGAUUGUGGUUUUCCGUUCUUUCCAGGAGCAGGAAGUCAGGAGAAAUGAGACUCUGAAGAAAGCCCUCCAGAACAACUUGUGUCACAGCUUGGAGUACGAGCAGAGAAUAUUCACAUCCCAGAUGUGCCUCAUAAGAAAAGACAUGAAGUUACUUCAGAACACAGUCCUGACUGAGAUGCAAGAGGGAGAGAUCCAGAAUAUGAGGAGAGGUCUGCAUGCUUUGUUUCUUCCUGAUGGAGCCAGGUUUUGAGUUGGUAAAACAUUUCCUCUACACCAUGAACAAUGCUGUGUAUUUCACCACCAAAUUCAGACUGUGCUGCGUAUUUGAGCUUUGCUGAUUUGAGAUCAGUGUUUGACUGAGGUGUUUUUUUCAGGUUCUGGUUUUAUUGUUAAGGAUGUUUUGUUUAGUUUUUCUAAACAAGACAUAUGGCUAUAUGGCUGUUGGAAUAAGAAAUGUUAUGUUAUUCUAUUAUUACUUGGAGUCAGUCUUUUUUUAGUGUUAUUUAAAUAGUACAUUUGUUCUGUGAUACAUUUAAUCAAAAUUCCUGAUAUAAG